AGACAGCUGAGUAAAUCAGCCCGGGAUGAAGCGGCGGAAGCUGGGUCUGCGGGUGGGGGACGUUGCCCGCUGAAGGCCUGCCAUUGGUGAGCUUACCAAAGGCAUCUGCCAGUGGGACUCCAGUGGAAUGUGAAACCAAAUCAUUUUCAAGUUAAAGAUAGACACAGUAUACACCAGGAGCUGGAAGCUGGAUUUUAAACUCCUAUCUCGCCCCAGAAUUCCAGGGAGCCUUGUGAUGAUCUCCUCGCUGGCAAUUAACAAUUCGGUGAAAGUUUGCUCUUCCAGUGAAUGUGCUAAGAAUUCAUGUAUGUUCUGGAUGUCCUGGAAUUAAAAGGAUCUAAGAGAUCAUGGUGUGCAUACUCCAGGGUGUAUAGGAUUUACCAGACCCUGGAUGAAGUACUUAGGAAGUCUUUAAAUGACAUAGUCAACUACCAUUUCAAGGAAAAGAAAAUAGAUGGUUUUGGAAAGUCCAUGCUGUUUAUUCACUCAAUUUUAGAAUGAUUGAAGAUAGUGGGAAAAGAGGAAAUACCAUGGCAGAAAGAAGACAGCUGUUUGCAGAGAUGAGGGCUCAGGAUCUGGACCGCAUCCGACUCUCCACCUACAGAACAGCAUGCAAGCUGAGAUUUGUUCAGAAGAAAUGCAACUUGCACCUGGUAGACAUUUGGAACGUCAUAGAAGCACUGAGAGAGAAUGCUUUGAACAACCUGGACCCAAACAUAGAGCUUAAUGUGGCCCGCUUAGAGGCUGUGCUCUCCACCAUUUUUUACCAGCUCAACAAACGGAUGCCAACCACUCACCAAAUCCACGUGGAGCAGUCCAUCAGCCUCCUGCUGAACUUCCUGCUUGCAGCCUUUGACCCGGAAGGCCAUGGCAAAAUUUCAGUAUUUGCUGUCAAAAUGGCAUUAGCCACAUUGUGUGGAGGGAAGAUCAUGGACAAAUUAAGAUAUAUUUUCUCGAUGAUUUCUGACUCCAGCGGAGUGAUGGUUUAUGGACGAUACGACCAAUUCCUUCGGGAAGUUCUCAAAUUACCCACAGCAGUUUUUGAAGGUCCUUCGUUUGGUUACACAGAACAGUCAGCUAGAUCCUGUUUCUCCCAGCAGAAAAAAGUCACAUUAAAUGGUUUCCUGGACACGCUCAUGUCUGAUCCUCCGCCACAGUGCUUGGUCUGGCUGCCUCUCCUGCAUCGACUAGCAAAUGUUGAAAAUGUCUUCCAUCCGGUUGAGUGUUCCUACUGCCACAGCGAGAGUAUGAUGGGAUUUCGCUACCGAUGCCAGCAGUGUCACAAUUACCAGCUCUGUCAGGACUGCUUCUGGAGGGGGCAUGCUGGUGGCUCCCAUAGCAACCAGCACCAGAUGAAAGAGUAUACAUCAUGGAAAUCACCUGCUAAAAAGCUAACCAAUGCUUUGAGCAAGUCUCUGAGUUGCGCAUCCAGCAGGGAACCUUUGCACCCCAUGUUCCCUGAUCAGCCUGAGAAGCCACUCAACUUGGCCCACAUUGUGCCUCCCAGACCUGUAACCAGCAUGAAUGACACCCUGUUCUCCCACUCAGUUCCCUCCUCAGGAAGUCCUUUUAUUACCAGAAGCUCUCCUCCCAAGGACAGUGAAGUAGAGCAGAACAAAAUGCUGGCUAGGGCAGCUCCAGCUUUUCUGAAGGGCAAAGGGAUACAGUACAGCCUAAAUGUGGCAGACAGGCUAGCUGAUGAACAUGUGCUCAUCGGGUUGUAUGUCAACAUGCUCCGGAACAACCCAUCAUGUAUGCUUGAGAGUUCGAACCGGCUUGAUGAAGAACACAGGCUGAUCGCCAGGUACGCAGCAAGACUGGCAGCAGAAUCCUCCUCGUCUCAGCCAACUCAGCAGAGAAGUGCUCCUGACAUCUCCUUCACCAUUGAUGCCAAUAAACAACAAAGGCAGCUGAUUGCAGAACUAGAAAACAAGAACAGAGAAAUCUUACAGGAGAUCCAGAGGCUGCGGCUAGAGCAUGAGCAAGCUUCUCAGCCCACACCAGAAAAGGCACAGCAGAACCCCACCCUGCUGGCUGAGCUCCGGCUCCUCAGACAACGCAAAGAUGAGCUGGAACAGAGGAUGUCUGCUCUCCAGGAGAGCCGGAGAGAGCUAAUGGUGCAGUUAGAAGGUCUCAUGAAGCUCCUAAAGGAAGAAGAACUGAAGCAGGGAACCCAGGGGGCAGGCUCCCCUCGCUCCUCCCCCAGCCACACCAUCAGCAGGCCCAUCCCCAUGCCCAUCCGCUCCGCGUCUGCCUGCUCCACCCCGACGCACACGCCUCAGGACUCUCUCACUGGGGUAGGGGGAGAUGUACAAGAGGCGUUUGCACAAAGUUCAAGAAGAAAUCUAAGGAAUGAUUUGCUAGUGGCAGCAGAUUCCAUCACUAACACCAUGUCUUCUCUGGUGAAAGAGCUGAAUUCAGAGGUGGGGAGUGAAACAGAGAGUAAUGUGGAUUCUGAAUUUGCACGGACUCAGUUUGAGGAUCUGGUUCCAUCGCCCACCUCUGAAAAGGCUUUUCUAGCACAGAUCCAUGCACGAAAACCUGGGUACAUUCACGGGAGCGCUACCACCAGCACCAUGCACAGUGACCUAGCUGCUGAAGACGGGGACCCCUAUGUCCAGCCAGAAGAGGAGAACUAUGAGAACGACUCAGUCCGGCAGCUGGAGAACGAGCUAAAGAUGGAGGAAUACCUGAAACAGAAACUGCAGGAUGAAACUUACCAGGUCAGCUUGCAAGGUUGAAUGCAAUAUCCUUUUAUCACUCUCCUCUCAAGCAAGCUAUAGUCAGACAGAUGAUGAAAGUAACAUGAAAAAUGAUGAUGGUGGAGAGCGAUGUACCCACACAGAGGAGGAAGACAGCAGCUGGCAGCAGCCUCGUCGAAGAGAGGAGUCACCACACCCAGCACCUCCCGACAAACCCCACUCCUAAAGAUGUGUUCUGAUGCCAUAGUGCAGCUAAUUUUUUGUUCUAAGAUUUGUAGUUCAUAGGUUUGUGUUCUAGAAGGGGAAAAAAUUGACUUCUGUUCAACUUAAUUUCUCAGCUACACCUUCUGUAACACAGCUCAUCCUUGAGAAUCCAUGCUGCUGUUACACACGAUGGCAGUAUUAACAAAGCAUCUUAAACUUCUGCACAUGAUAUUGAACUCUUUCAGUUUACAAUGACAAUAUUAAUACUGUUUAAGAGCUAGAAGUUUGAUUUCUGGGUUCGUUGAGAUUUUAGCAAAACAGUUUAUUAUACACUGUACAUUUUUUUCCACUGCAAUUGGAAAAAAACAACCACUUGCAAUUAUUCACUAACCCUGACGGAUUUGGUUCCUGAGUGUUCAGACUCACAGCCCAGAGGCCAUAAAGGGUCUUUGGUCUUCAGCUCACCCCAAGUCUUGGUGAGCAGUGACUUGAACCAAACACCAGGAAUAAUCCAUUGUUUGGGACUUCUUUCCAACUUGAGGUUGUUUUCUUUCAAGAUAUUCUAACAAGUCAGCCAUAGAAUUUAGUGUACAUAUUUUUUCCAAAUAGAUAUCAUAUUCAAAAAAAGACGACAUUCAAAUUAUAUAGAAUCUAGUUUUUAAAAUCAGCACAGAUCUUCUUAAAAACUGUGAACUAUGUUUUGAAAUACUCGUUACUAAAGCUGUUUAUAAACCACAGGUGCCAUAAGAUCCCCAAAUGGACUAAAGUUAUCUAUGCUCUUCCACGGUCUUGUUCCUCUCGUUUUAGCUUUAGGAAGCAUGUCUCUAACAGCACCACACAAUUCCCCUAUCAGGUUGUUUGGAGGCCUUCAGCUUUAAAUGUACAGGCUUAAAGUGCGCUUGCAAACGUUCACUCUCUCCUUUUAUUUCUGAAUGUUUAUUGCCUUAGCUGGCCACCUGGUGUCCUGCAUGCCGUGUUCUGUGGUCAUGUGAGACAAACUCUUCUGUGUUGAGUUGGGAUUUUGCACUCAGUGAGAAGCUGAAAUGCAAAAGAACUGUCAAAGGCAAGAGGAUGAAGGCUCUGUUGGUGGUCCCUUUUGAGGGCCCUUGCUCUAAAGAUCUCCCUUAGGGAUUCUGGGAAAAAUGGAAAAGUAAUCUAUUAGUUUCAAGAUCUGAAUGGGGUGGAGACCCCCAUACACAACAUAUUGGACAUGUUGUAUUUAAAUCAGUAGCUUCGCUAGAAUUCCUGGUUUUCUUUUAAAAGAGAACAUCAUCAUAGAACAGUGGUUCUCAAAAUGUAGCCCCCACAGCAACAGCAGCAGCAGCAACUGACGAUAACGUAGAAAUACAAGGUCCUCAGUCCCAGCCCAGGCCUGCUGAAUCAGAAACUCUGGGGGUUGGGCCUAAAAGACUGUGUUUUAAUUUGCCAUCCAGAUUAUUCCAACACAUGCUAAAGGUUGAAAACCACUGCUUUGAAUAAAAUAUAUCAAAUAAUCUCUGAAAAAACUCUAUUCAGCAUUAAAAACAAAGAGGUUGGACUGGAGGUAUAGCUCAGCGGUGCAAGCACCUGCCUGCCAAGUGCGAAGUUGUGAAUUCAAUCCCCAGUACCAGAAAAAAAAAUAAAAAACAAAAGUUUCAAUUGAGUCAACCUCAAUUCAGUUUUGCUUCAGGGUCUGGCAAACACCUUCUCUCACCCACACGCCUGAUCUGCAUCGGAAGGUCCCUGGCUGAGAACAUGUAUUCUGACAACUUCAGGCUCCUUUUCCAAGGCCUCUCAAAUGUUCACACCUCUGCAUUUGGUCAGAAACCAUCCUCUUGGCUGCCCUUGAGAACAAAAUCACUUGCCUUGGGGAUAAUAAAGUGCUUGAUUGGGGUCAGUAAGGCUCCUAUCCUGUGCCUGGAUGUACCUACUCACACUUCCCUCCAGAGAACCCCCCAUAACAGAUGUCCCUGAGCCCAGGCUAACACCAAAGUGGCACAACUACAUGGUUCUCAGAUUUCUUUGCACAGACGGAUUGUAUCGUGGGUUUUGUUGAUAUGUCUUAAUGUUCAUCUCUCUUCCACUGCCCAUCCUCUGUGAAAUCAUACCUCUCUAGAUGGAGCAGGUGGCCACUGGUGCCUCAUACUCAGUACUGAAAACCACUAUGUCCCAGCUACCUACAUUGCUGUCAGCUCAAAAAUCAGAGCCAGAAGGUUCUACAGACCCUGCAAGUGGCACUCAGCCACUGACUGGACUGAGCUGACAUGCGUUGUCUCUUUGUGUGUCUACAUCUAAAUGUCUGUCUAAGGUUGGAACUGUUCUGCUGAAGACCUUCCCCUUGUCAUAGUUUCCAUUGCCAACCAACUCCAUCACACGGGCGUUGACACCAUCGUACAAAGCCAUUGCAAGGACUCUGGAAAUUACCGCCAGUGACCAAUUUCUGACUAACCAGCCACCUUUUCUUUCUCUUAGCUCCACGUCAGCACUGAGACCAGACUCAAGCACCCCUGUCCUGUAACCGAGACAAAAUGGCGUGUGUUGUUUUGGGUUUUUGUGUUUUUUGGUGGAUUUCUUUCAUUGGCUCUCCAAAUUUACUUUUGGAGCCUGUUCUAAGUACAAACCCAGCAGGUUUCUUCUGUCCUGUCCAUUAGAUACAACUAUGUCUUAACGGGGUUGUUUCUUUCUUAGUCCACGGUGAAUUGCACAUCUGUCUCCAUCAGAGCUGAUGGCCUAUUAAUGAGCACUGGUCUAACACAGCCAGCCUCCCACAGUACCAUGUUAAUGGAGGCAGGGAGGAGGGAGAAAUCUACUGUAUAGGAUUCAGGAAUCCGUUGUGGUUGGUAAGGAUGGAAGUCGGGGUAAGUUUGGUUGGUCAGAGGGAGAUGUGCUGGAGAUUGUGAAAAUGGAUUCUCAGAAGAUCUACUAUUAAGGCAGGGAAGGUUCAUUUGUAAGUAGUAAUGUGAACUGAAUUGCAUUAAGAGUGUGGCCUUGUUGUGAUAAACUAUGUAUUUUCUUAUAUGCAUGAGCCAAACUGUUGCAUCAUAAUUUACACUGGUGUCUGUUUUUAUUUUGAUCAUCUUCAUCCUCUCUUAUUAGUUCUUGGCUGUUAACUGUAGAUAGAUCUUGUAAAUACAGCAGCCUUUGGUUGCUGCAUUCACCUUAGUUGAUCCCACACAACGAGCCACAAACAAGAACUCUACUAUGUCCUCAAAAGAAAGGGCAUUUUUACUUUUGAACCAAAAAGAGAAAAAAAAUCAGAAAUGUUACAUCUUGAGGCUAAUGAUCUGUGAGACAUUUUUAAUUAUGACUACUAUAAUUUGACACCAUUUGAAAUAACCAAUCAAGAGACACUAAAGAUUUCACAAUAUUCAUUGGUGUUGUAACAAAACUACUAUUGUAUGGAUUUUUUGUAUUGCUGUUAAGUAUUGUUUUGUGUGUAUGUGUGUGUGUAUGUGUGUGUGUAUGUGUGUUGGAACCUCCUGGGGACAUGUUAUAUUUUGAAGUGAUUAAACUAUUUAAUUGUGUGUCUAUAUUUUGGAAUGGAAUUAUUUCUUCAUUAAAAAUGUUUUUAAAAACACUA